GAGCGUAAUUACUCCCAAUGUAGGCAAACUCCGAAUGAUGGAUGAGCGCAAGCGGCAGUGGAAUGGCCCAGCCAGCGGGCGCAAGAGGCCCCGGGGAUUGCAGCGGCUACGCAGCUUCUCGCAGAGCCUGCAGCACGCACAGAGCCAGGCCUACCGCCGCGUUUGCGGCCCCGAGUGGAUCCGCACGCUCCGGGGUCAGCUGCUUGGCCGCUCUGUGGCCCUGAUCCUUUGCGGAGAGGCACACGAAGAUGCACUUGACCUGACAAGGAAGAAAUGCAUCAUCGAGCCCGAGAAGGGCUGGUACGUCUUAGAGGAGCUGGGGGAGCUUGGCCCGCAGCUGGGCACAAAGGACUGUGCCACUCUCAAGGGCGCUCAGGCCUGGGCGGCGGAGGUGGUGGACGAUGCAGAGGACAGCGAUGAGGAUGAUUUGAUUGGUGCGAAGUUGGUCUAUCAGGCUGGAGAUCGGCCUGGCGCCAAGGGCACUGCACGGGUAUACAGGCCCAGCAAGCCUUGGCAUCGGCACAGCCCACACCUGAGGCCGCAGCGCAGUCCGCGCCUUUCGCCGAGCCCCAAAUUGCCAGUCGGAGUGUCAAUGUCGCAGUCAAUGCUUCAAUUCUUUGAGUGGUGCGACCUGGACAAGGAGGCUCACGACUUCAACAAGCGCCGGCUAAAGGGGGAGGAAGUACCAGCUGAAGAGUAUGAUGCGCUUAUCGCAAAACGCAAAGAAGCGAGGCUUGCCGAAAACAUCGAGAUGUUCGAUGACUGGCUCCUUAGACAUGCCAGCUCUACAAAGCCAGGCAGACGGCUGGAGGUGGUCAUAGAGGCGCACGUGCCAGCCGGCGAGGUGGAAUUGCAUGAGGAGCCUGCUCUGGAUAUGGCGCUGCCGCACGAAUGUUUGCAAAGACUGGAGCUGGACUCUGACGGUGACUCGGAGGAUGAACGAGACCCUGAUGAUGGGACAGGCACCUAUUUGGACUUUCUUCGGCGGCGACUGCUGGCGGCUUUGCCGCCUGGUGCUUUGCGCCACAUUGAUCCGCGAGACCUUGGGGAUGACGACCAUGCAGACUCGCGCAAUGCCUUUCAGGCAAUGCUGUCCCAGUCCUGUCAACCGGAUCCUGAGCAUUUGAUGCUGGAGAAGCUGAAUGCGCAGGAACAAGCUCCGUCAUUGGCAACAUCUCGCAAGGCCAGAUCUGAGCGGCCACCUCCCGUGCCUUCCUGGGAGGCCUUCUUCGGAGCUGCAGCAGAACUUUUGUACUACUCGCCUCACGUGAAGGCUGACUACGUUCCCUUCCUGCUGGGUUGCGUGGUGCCUGACGCAGGACCCGGAGCACGCCCCAGUGCCUUGAAAAGCUUCUUCAACUCACUGGUUUUCGGCACGGUCCCAGAGGCCAUCGGCAAGCUGCGAAUGGACAGCGAGUGCGUGUCCAUGGCCUAUUUGCGAUCCUUGGCCUACCGUGAGGCCGAUGGCAAGCUGUGGCGGCGUCCUUCAGACAAUGGCGUGGUACCGGUACGCGCUGCUCCGGUAUCACAAUACUUGAAGGCAAGAGGGUCGAAUCCGCCAAGGACUUGGAUCUCCAGCCUCGCGGACAAGGUUCGUGCAAGCGCGCCGGACCUGGUGGCUGCUGCAGAGGAUUGGUACUUCCAGUCUGUGGAUCACCUUUUGUCAGAUCCGAAGGCAGCAGAUGCAGAUGGGGACUACUUCGUGGCCUGGCUUCGUGAAUGCCACCGAGAGGUCUAUGCCGACAUUGACAGGACAGAUCCGAAGGAGCUUCGGACCUUGGCAAAAGUGAGGAGCGCCAAAAACAAGUCUAAGCGCUACGACCUGGCUGACAUCCGAAUUCCGAGCCUUCCUGAUGCGUUCGAAGAGUUGGCAAGCUUUGAUCCCCUGUCUGGCCCUAGUAGCCGGAGACAACGCGUCCUUGCCAAAAUCAUCAUUGACAGCUUCCAGCUGCGCCUGGUUGAUUUGGCCGCAGUCCUGUCCAUGGCAGACUCUGUGCUUUCUGCCAACAAGGGCGACGAAAUGGUCGUGGUGCUCUACGCCGGCGGCUGCUUGGCAGGAUGCGCACGCCAUUGCCAUGAAGGAAGUGCGAGCGUGCGCACGCAAAAUGCGUGGAGAACUUCUGGCGGAGUCAGGGCUUCAGCCCCGACGGUUUGCCCAAGCAAGGCUUAGUUGGCAAGGAGGAUUGGGAGGACGAUGAGCCCCGAGGUCUUGUGCUACCCAGAUAUUUGCACGAUUUAGAUCAGCUAUUUCCCGAUGCAUCCGGCGUGGCUGACUCAGCCGCUGAGUCGCCAGCCAAUGGAGCUACGAUGGAUGAAUAGCG